AUGGUUGCCGAAGGCAAUCUAUAUGAGAGGAUUGAAUCCGUCCGGGCUGUAAGCCAAAAGCUACGUUGGAUGAGUGACAUACGGAAUGGGAAACAUUCUUCUCUUUCUGCUGGAGCGACUGAGUUUGUGCCGACAGCCCCGUUUGCGGGACGGUCAACAAAGGCGGCAGCACUUGUGACCUUGUCGCCAGCGGCUGCCGAGUUCCUGCCGGAAGGCGAUGUGCAGCAAUGGGGAUGGAAUGGCUCAUGGAGCCACGAGAGCUCCUGGACGGUGACAGGGGGGAGCUGGACUCCCAGCCAAAGUUACCCUGCCAAUGGCGCAAAUGUAAAUAGCUGGACAGGAGUUGCCUCGUCGCCCACGUGCUGGUUUAACGACGAUGCAUACUCCACAGAUUCCUCUCGAAGUGACUCGGAGCCAGAAGCCGACGAAGCUGACGGUGUCCAUAGAGGUGCUGUCGAGGCCUCUGGUCCUUGCAGUCCUGAGCUCCCGGAGCUCCACGGUUCGAAUGACCAGGCAGACAAGGAGCUUGCGGACGAUGAUGAAUUCGACUCAUUUUCCGAGGACGAUGGCUCAGAUGCCAGUCUUCUACGCACGCCAGCCGAUGUCAAUUCAGACAUGGAAGCUGGCUGUGAGCGUGGAGCUGACCCCGGCUCAGAGAUUCCAGCCUCGUCGUCAGCCGAUGACGGAGGUGCAGACUUGGGGGCUGCGGGACGGACAGCGCAUGCAACUCCAGAAGAGCUGGAGAAGCACUGCGCUGGUGUGGAGGAGCAGGCGUCAGCGAACGACAGCUCUGCCUGCAAGUACGAUAUCGGCUUCAUGCUUGCAAUGAGGCCCGCCAGAAGUUCGCUUUCCAGCCUUGAGCUGCCUCGGUGCGAGCAGGUGGGAUGUACGGAAGAUGUCCCAGAUUUCCUGCGACGCCGUGAGGAAGUUGAAGAGCACGUAGAGGAAAAAUGGCGAGCAGCACGUUCCAGCGAAACGCCAAAGACUCGCAGCCGAACGGCCCAGGACUCAAAGCAGACCAAGUCUGAGAAGAAUGCUAAGCAAGCAGGGGAAUUGAGCCAAGCUUCGGCGAUGAAGCUUGAGGUGAGUGACAGCUCCUGGGCAGCGCAAAUGGCCCGAAGAAAGGCCCUGAGCAAAGAAAGCUCGGAUGACUCCUUCGUCAAAAACCUGAGAUCCAUUCUCAACAAGCUCACGGUGGAGAAGUUCGAUACCUUGUCGGAUCAAAUCAUCGAAUUGGUUUCGGAGUCGGACCGUCCAAACCGUGGAAUUCCAUUGCUUAUGCAAAUGGUCUUUGAGAAGGCCACCACCCAGCACCACUUCAUCAACAUGUAUGUGGGCUUGUGUGUCAAGCUGCACAAGUGGCUUACGGAAAAUGAUCACUUCGACGGUGCUGAGUCGCAAAGCAACUUCAAGCGCGUGCUCCUGAAUCAAUGCCAAUCUUCCUUCGAGCAGUAUUUGGAGCCUCCCGAGGGCUUUGAUGGUCUGACAGGGGAUGAGCUUUACGAGGCUCAGGUCAAGUACAAGACGAAGAUGCUGGGAAACAUCCGGCUAGUUGGUGAGCUCAUUCGCCACGGGAUGCUUGCGCCAAAGAUCGCCAUCGCCGUGGCAUCAGAGCUUGCUAGAGAUGAUCCUGCAGUGCGCAGCGAGCGCCUGGAAACUCUAGCAACCUUCUUGGAGACGGUGGGUGUUGCCCUUGAUGACCCAAGUUGGAAGCAUCACCACGAGCUCGAGUUGGUUUUUGAGCAGGUUAUUCGGGCCUGUUCCGACCAGACAGUGCCUCGACGCGUUCGCUGCCUGCUCCAGGACGUGCUUGACCUGCGAAACGGCGGAUGGAAGUCGAAACGGCGGAAAGACCUCAGCAAGGAAACACCGCAGACGCUUGCGCAAGUUCAUGAGAAGGCGAAAGCAGACCAAUCCACUAGACGGGAUACUGGCAAAAGCUUGCCCUGCAGAGCAGAGGUCGCGUCUUCUCCAUCUUGGAGCAUCAGGGAUCUUGGAAGACAGCUGUGA